AAGAUUUCUUCACAAUGAUUCACCUGAUUGCGUUUCUUUUCCUCGCCACUUUAUGUGAAAGUUCUGUUUACAAAGGAGUUACUUUUUACCAGUGCACAGACAAUGGACAAUCACAAUGUGAAGUUAUUAACCCAAACAAGCAACAUUAUCGCAUAUCUCCAGAUACUGUGUCCUUAAAUAAAACUACUUUUGCUGAAAUGAGUGAAAUUAUGAGCAUCAUCGGCACACCCGGACUUUUGACGGAAAUUGAGCCUGGAACGUUUUCUAGCUUGGCCUCUUUAAAACGUAUUUGGUUAGGUGGUAAUCUUCUAAAAGUAAUACCCAACGGAGUUUUUAAUUACCUUCCCAUAUAUUACAUAUACCUUGCUGCAAAUAAUAUAAACACAAUUGACUCCGAAGCUUUUUCGGAAAUGGAUAGUUUAAGUGAAGUUUAUCUGGAUAAAAACUCUUUGACGCAUUUUGACAGAAGAUGGUUUCUUAACCAAGGAAAGAAAAGCAAGCUGAGGGUUCUUAAUAUGCACCAUAACCGGAUUAAAUCUAUAAACAAAUGGGCCUUCUACGAUUUUCCUUAUUUAAAGGAGUUGGAUUUUAGUUUUAACGAAAUUGAAUACGUUUCCAAUGACUUAUUUAACAGUUUUUUAAGUUUGCUUAUAUUUGACUUGUCGUUUAACAGAAUUACAACUUUAAGUCCAAACCUUUUAAAAAAUGUAAGGUACGUGGAGAAAUUCAACGUUGCUUUUAAUUAUUUGAGAAGUUUGGACUCAGUUUUGCUUGAAAAGGCUUACAUUAAAAGUGCCAGUAUUCAUCCAAACAACUGGAUAUGCGAAUGCUUAAAAAACGUGGAAAAAUCCCUUUUGGAUAUGUCAAUUUUAAGUUAUUCUUCCGAUGAAACUUUUAUGGACCGCAAAAACAUCAUUAAAUACCAGUUGCCUGUAAACGCGCAGUACUUUGCUUCAAAUUUAUCCAUUUGCAUAAAUACAAAGGAGAGUUGCAAAAGUAAUAAUUUGGAGGUCGAUGAAAAUAAUGAAGUUUUUAAAAGUGCCUUAACAAAAGUUUAUGACAAUGUAAAUGUUAAAUGCAACGUUGAUAAGGACUGUUCUGAAGGAAUGCUGUGUAGGUCUAACUAUUGCUGGUACCUAAUAACAAAGGCCUUUUUCAAUGUUAAUGAUGAUUAUUAUUUUAUUUGGGAUACCUAUGUUUCUUUCUAA